AGAGAGAGAGAGAGAGAGAGAGAGAGAGUGAGUGAGUGAGUGUGUUAAAUUAGUAUGGUAAACGUUACUUUUCGAUCUUGAACAUAUUCACUCACUGAGCAGUGAAAACAUCUUUGGAGACCGUUUGACAUUAUAUAUAUAUACUGUAAUAAAUGUGAACAGGGGGAUGAAAUCAUUACCGUGACACCCUGCUCUGUACUGGGGAAGAAAGCUCGCGUUUCCCAUCCUGUGUGGAGUCGAUGGGCGAGUGUGUGCGUGUGUCUAUUACGUGGUUGUGUCACCGCGCGAAACUCCUGAAGCUGUUGUUCAGUGAGUACGCGAGAGCAGCGCGUGGAAUUACCCUACAACAGAUUUCAGAAAUUACGGAAAUUUCAGUCGUUCCUGACGUGUCUUGAAGUUUUUAAUUUGUCCUUGGCGUUUAUCAUAGCCAUGGCUUCACUAUCGAUUCAAUUAUACACAGUAAUGCUCAUUGCUCCAGGAAAGUUUUGACGCCUAACGAAUCAAUUUCAAACUGUUGGCUCCCCCAAAUCGGAACCUGUUCGACUCGGAGCUACGGAGUCUCAUAUGAACUUUGUGAAUGAAGAUUAAAUACAGCGACACGCGUUUCUUCUGUCUGCUGGGCAUCGCACAUGGGGUGACACUGAAGAGAUUCCUGGGCCGUUGAGACGUGACUUUGGGCCUGGCGUCUCAUUUCCUCUACCCCUGCUGGCCCAGAAAAGCUCAGACAAGCUGCCCUCUGAAUGACUGCUGGCCAUAAGUUUGCAGGGCUUUGCAAAACAGUCACCAUGAGCAAAUACUCCCAGUACUCAAACAAGACCCUCAUAAAGGUCCAUUAUCUCGUUGCCAAACAGAUGACCCAGGGUGAAUUAAAUGAGCGCAUGGAAAAUAAAGAGACCCUUAGCUCCCUGAACAUUUUAUUUGUGAUCAUCUGCAGUAUCAUCAUCUUUGAAAACCUCUUGGUGCUCAUAGCCGUGUUACGCAAUAAGAAGUUUCAUUCAGCCAUGUUCUUCUUUAUCGGGAACUUGGCCUUCUCUGACUUACUUGCUGGGUCCGCUUAUAUUGCCAACAUCUUCCUGUCAGGGCCUCAGACAUUUCAAUUGACGCCUGUCCAGUGGUUUAUACGAGAGGGCACUGCUUUCAUUGCACUGGGUGCCUCAGUUUUCAGCCUGCUGGCCAUCGCUAUAGAGCGCUACAUUGCCAUCACCAAGGUCAAGGUCUACGGCUCCAACAAAACCUGCCGAAUGUUUCUUCUGAUUGGCACGUGCUGGGCUAUGUCCAUCUUUGUGGGAGGUCUUCCCAUUAUUGGUUGGAACUGCAUCAAUAACCUAGGGGACUGCUCCGCUGUCCUGCCUCUCAACUCCAGAUACUACAUCCUGUUUGUUGUCACCAUCAUUAGCAUCAUUCUACUGUCCAUUGUGAUCCUUUAUGUUCGCAUCUACCUUAUUGUGCGUACCAGUCACCAAGAGGCCACCAAUUCUCCAGCAUAUGCUCUCCUGAAGACGGUCACUAUUGUGCUUGGUGUGUUCAUCGUGUGUUGGCUACCUGCAUUCACCAUCCUUCUCCUGGACACUUCAUGUACAAUGAAAAAAUGCCCUAUCCUCAAUAAUGCUGGCAUCUUCUUCGGCAUUGCCACCCUGAACUCGGCACUGAACCCCUUGAUCUACAUGUUGCGGAGUAAGGACAUGAGGAAGGAGUUCCUCAGGGUUCUGUGCUGCUGGGGGCUGCUCAACUGUGGCAGACCUCCGCACCGCUGCAUGGUGCCACUCAAGAGCUCGAGUUCAAUGGAGCACUGCACCAACAAACAUGAACAUCAGUCAACUCCCAUUAUGCAGGACUGCACUACCUGUGUCUGAAGGUUUUUGAAGAUGGGAGGGGAGUUAAGCUGAAGAGAACUGAGAACUGAACUGUGGAAUCCUCUUGGAGGUAAGAGACAACACCGAAGUGUUCAGAGACCUCAUGGAUGCUUUAAGGAACAAGAAUGACAAUCAUUACCUAUGGACUAUUUAGAGCUCGAGUUCAAUGGAGUACCACAGCAACAAACACAAACAUUAUGCAGGACUGCACUAGCUGUGUCUGAAGGUUUUUGAAGAUGGGAGGGGAGUGAAGCUGAGGAGAACCGAGAACUGAACUGAGGAUUCCUCUUGUAGGCAAGAGACAACGCAGAAGUGUUCAGAGACCUCAUGGAUGCUUUAAGAAUCAAGAAUCACAAUCAUAACCUAUGGACUAUGAGCAAAUAUCACAGCUUUGGUACCAGACAUCCUUGUGUCCUUUGAUGCUUCUAUGCUUGCAAAGGUUCAUGACUAUUCCCUAAUGAAACUCACUUAACAACUGUUUAUCCACCACU